UAGGACUCCCGAGGGUAGAAUAGAAUAACUGAAAAACACAACUCAAUUGAUUUUGGGUUUUUGCAGUUGCAGUGCUGUUGUUGUUAUGGCGGCUAUAGCGGUGGCGGAGGCCAGAAAGGCACCACGGCCAGGCAAGGGCGGCUUCGAAGCGCACGGUCUGACCGAGGAGGAAGCGCGUGUACGAGCCAUCGCCGAGAUCGUGAGCUCCAUGGUGGACCUCUCACGAAAGGGCCACAACGUCGACCUCAACGCUCUCAAAUCCGCCGCGUGCCGCAAGUACGGCCUCGCCCGCGCGCCCAAGCUCGUCGAGAUGAUCGCCGCCCUCCCCGACUCCGACCGGGACGCCCUCCUUCCUAAGCUCCGAGCCAAGCCCGUCCGAACCGCCUCCGGCAUCGCCGUGGUGGCCGUCAUGUCUAAGCCUCACCGUUGCCCUCACAUCGCCACCACCGGCAAUAUAUGCGUUUACUGCCCCGGUGGUCCUGACUCCGAUUUUGAGUACAGUACUCAGUCUUACACCGGUUACGAACCAACUAGCAUGCGUGCAAUUCGAGCAAGGUAUAAUCCCUACGUGCAGGCUAGAAGCAGGAUUGACCAGCUUAAGCGUUUGGGUCACAGUGUAGACAAGGUUGAGUUCAUCUUGAUGGGUGGUACUUUCAUGUCGCUUCCAGCAGAAUACCGUGAUUAUUUUAUAAGGAAUCUUCAUGAUGCUUUGUCUGGACACACAUCUGCCAAUGUAGAAGAGGCAGUGGCAUACUCUGAACAUAGUGCAACCAAGUGUAUUGGCAUGACAAUUGAAACGAGGCCAGAUUAUUGCCUCGGGCCUCACUUGCGACAGAUGCUUUCUUAUGGCUGCACACGAUUGGAGAUUGGAGUCCAAAGCACCUAUGAGGAUGUUGCCCGUGACACUAAUAGAGGGCAUACUGUAGCUGCAGUAGCUGAUUGUUUUUGCUUGGCUAAAGAUGCUGGUUUCAAGGUUGUGGCUCACAUGAUGCCUGAUCUUCCAAAUGUUGGUGUUGAAAGGGACAUGGAAAGUUUCCGGGAAUUUUUUGAGAGUCCCAUGUUUAGAGCAGACGGGCUUAAAAUAUACCCUACACUGGUAAUACGUGGAACUGGGCUUUAUGAGCUCUGGAAAACUGGCAGGUAUAGAAACUAUCCACCUGAGCAACUUGUGGACAUCGUAGCAAGAAUCCUUGCAAUGGUACCCCCGUGGACACGUGUUUAUAGAGUUCAGCGGGAUAUUCCCAUGCCUCUGGUUACCUCUGGGGUUGAGAAAGGGAAUUUAAGGGAGCUGGCGUUAGCUCGAAUGGAAGACCUGGGAUUAAAAUGCCGUGAUGUUCGAACUAGAGAAGCUGGAAUCCAGGAUAUACACCACCAAAUUAGGCCAGAAGAGGUGGAACUUGUUCGUCGUGAUUAUUCGGCAAAUGAGGGUUGGGAAACGUUUCUGUCAUACGAAGAUACACGACAGGAUAUCCUUGUUGGUUUGUUGCGACUACGAAAAUGUGGCCGCAACACUACUUGUCCAGAGCUCACGGGGAGAUGUUCUAUUGUUCGUGAACUCCAUGUUUAUGGAACUGCGGUACCAGUUCAUGGGCGGGAUGCUGACAAGCUACAACACCAGGGAUAUGGUACACUUCUCAUGGAGGAGGCAGAGCGUAUUGCAUGUAGAGAACACAGAUCAACCAAAAUAGCUGUGAUUUCAGGGGUAGGGACACGUCAUUACUACAGAAAGUUGGGAUAUGAACUUGAAGGGCCUUACAUGGUGAAAUGUCUAAUGUAACAGCUAAUAAUAGUUAGUGUAAUGUUGUAGCAUGUCAUAGUGAUAUAAUUUAUAUGCCUCUAUCAUAGUAUUGCAUUUGCAUUCAUUCAAAGGCAAGUUUUUUAAAUUAGGAUACUGGUUUUUAUAGUUCACUACACUGAUUUUCUUCUCGAGAUUUAAUAGAUUGGAAUUUAUGAUUCCUCUAGAA